CACAUGGUAACUUAAAUCCCGAGUCGGGCAGUUUUAAACAGAGUCGAGUUGAGUCCUGAACGUACAGUACUGAGCUGGUGGUUUUGGAGGAUGCAGUCGUCUGCAGAAAGUUUAACCUUUGAGUGGACCUUCGCCGGCAGGGGAUUUAUGCCAGAAAAAGCAAGGGUCCCAAGACAGUACAUGUACCUCGGGGAACCCCUGACGUAACUUUAGCUCUUUUUGAAGAUACGCCCUCCAGCACAACCUGUCGGUAACGAUCAUAUUUAACACCACUUCAGCAUGGAGUCCCCAUCAGGUAGAAACAGUUGUCAUGAGCCCGAGGUUGGCAUUUUGCUAGAUCUAGGGUCUCCAUUUAAUGCUGCAGUACAAGCAAAGGACAAUGGUAGCAAUACACAAACCGCUGAAGAGGCCUCGGAGUAGCCAUUGAGAACUCAGCUAGUUCACCUGUCACUAAUUCAGGGGACAUGCAGUCAAGUGGUGAGGAUCAUCUGCACACCACAGAGAUAAUGACAGAGAGGUGUAGUCAGGACACACAGAAUAGUAAUGGAUCCACACCAUGGACAUAUUUAGCAGAUGAACAUCUGAUCGAUAGAGAAAAGUUUGAUUUUGACCUGCCAGUGUCUCCAGUGGAGAGUGAAAAGGUUGAAGUGGACGAUGAAGAUGAGGUGUUCUUUGGCCCAGUUGGUUUCACUGAAGCCUGCAUUGCCAAGAAGACUCAACUCCACAGCCAGUCGCCCAAUGAGUGCAAGCCAAUGAGCCCUCUCAAUGUUGAGCAGUACCUGGAACUCUUCCUGGAGGCCAACAAGGUGGCCAUGGAGCUGACAAAGGAGAAGAAAAGGGACGCGUCGCAAGGAUCUGACGACCAGGGAUGCACAGGCAAAGAAACAGGGGCAGUCGAUGACUUUUCAAAGAAAACGGAAGAAUCCACGGUUGGGGGUGUAGUUGCCGACAGCCAAAAGCAAUCAGAACAGUCCACUGGUGCAAAACCCUCCACUGAGGUGUCAGAUUGCCAUAUAGAGAGGGUUGCCGUUGCCAACCUGCCCGGCAAGACCGAUGUCAGGAACUUCAAGAGGCUGGUUCGUAAGGACAUGCGCAGCCCGCGCCGUGGGACCUACACAAUAUCGGUCAGCCCAGCAAAUACACCCCCACCCCCACAUUUGCCGUCGGCUGAUGAUUGCGUGUCCAAACUGGCCAGGGACAAGCCCCAGACUUUGACUUUCACUGCUGCACAGAGUAAUAAACAACUGUCGCUUAAGGCACCAAAGUCCAAGUUGCCCGUGAAAGGAACACAGAGAUCCAAACUACCAUUGAAGGGUGGACUGAAGAAGCUGGUACCACCUCCUAAUCCGUCAAGUGGUACGAGCACCGACAAACUCCUGCGGAAAAAGCUGAGCAGUCCCCCCAAGCGCAAGCGGCUCAACAGCUGCGAGUCCGAGGACCUGAUCUCGGAAGCCAGCAGCAGCUUGGCCUCGGAGACCUCAGACACUCCAAGCCUGUCCCUGGGGCAACCGAAGGGGAAGCGUCCUCAACCUGGGAGCUUUCACACAAAGGGAACCACUGGGCCCCAUCCACCAACCAAAGCUGCAACCUCCUCAUCCACUGUUGCGUCCUCCCAGCAUAAAUCAACAGAUAAAGCUGCAGCAGUGAACAGUGUCAAAGCCCCAGCAGCCAAGCCCAGGCUGCUGCAGCAGGGCCCACUGCAGCGCCGAGUAGUGCAGGCCAGCCGCCAGCUUAAACCGGUCAAGCCCGGUCAGCGUGGGUUCUUGCAGUCAGCCAACAGGCCGCAGCCUGUCAAAGCAGUGGUUGGGUUGGUUAAAGUUCCAAGUGCCAACAAAGAUGCUUCAGAAGCCACACCAAAGAAAGCAGGAAACCUUAGGCAGACACCAAGUCGUAAGCUCUGUACUCCAACAGUGAGCACUCCUGUACAUCAAGACAAGAAGGUUGUCCCUAAGCGACUCUUGACCAACGAGCAGUCUGCCAGCAAGCCUGCAGCAAGAUCACUGAGCACUUCCACCAUGCCCACCCCACAGUCCAAGUUGAUGCCCCCUUCAACCCCGUCCCGCUCUGACUCCAAGGUGGUGCCAGCAAGUGCUAGCUCAAUGUGGCGCCGGUCUGGCAUCCCGACACCCUCCAGGCGUUCCAUUGCGUCUUCCUCGAGACUAAGCUCCACCAGCAGCACCAUAUCCAACCCCAGUCCUGUACAGUUCCGUGCGCUCAGGACAUCCACCACCACCUCCAGUCCCUCCGGCUCUCCGCCCCCUCCAAAGCCAGCUCCACCCACAGCCAAAGAGGCCAUUAUCAAGCUGGACUUGGACUCGUCUCCAGCCUGCACCAAAGAGGUCACUCUAUGUGAUGGUAGGGCCCCACUGGAGACCAAGACUAACCUGCAGGAAGGAAAGACAAACUCCCCAGUUGUUGGCCUGCUCGUUGAUAUCAUUCCAGAUCCAGAAGAAAAGGUACAUCUUUCAAAGGAUGCUGUCAGUCGUGAAGGCUCUCGUUUGUACAAGGAGAAUCUGAUCGAUCUACUGUAACUGUGGUUCAGUUAAUCAUUGAGUGCACACAGCUAUCAAGCCAUCUAUCUACUGUACAUCAGCUGGUAAAGCAGUUUACCAAGGAGCAAAACAAAAAGUGUUUUGCUUUUUAUGUAGGGGCAGCACUUCUUAUCAAAUUUCUUUUCGAAAAGGGGCAUUUUUAGUAUGUAUAGGCUAAAAUUCAAUUCCUUUCCUGGUCAGUCUUUGUUCUUUCUCAGCGAGUUGGCAAAGAAAGAAAGCAUGGUUACAGGCUGGGUGAACCUUAUGAAAAAGUACUGCUUUUCUGACAGUCUAGUGAUACUGUAAACAGUAAAUUAUUUCCCUUAGUGCCACCAUGACAGCAAUAAUCACAGUCAGCAGAAACAAUUGUUGUGUCAAUGGGAGAAACAUGAGGAAUAAAAAGUGCAGCCAUAGGCAAACGAGUGGAAAAAAUAUGUUUUCAAUCAUAAAUUAAGAAGAUGGAAAUGAAUUCAUAAUUGUGCAACAGCCAGAUUUCAGGCAAAAUUUUAAAUUUUUGAACCGCUGUACAAAAUGCACAUUAUUGGCUCUGUGUGCAUGUAUGUGUAUGCUUGAUUGUUUAAACAUUUCUCAUGUGCCUCAGUGAAACUUCGGACAAAAAUGUCAGAAUGUGUAGCAUCCCUGCCUUUGGCCUCAUUGCAGUGUUGGUUCUAUCCCCAUCAAUUUUCUCUAAUUAUUCAAUGAUGAAUGCCUGCGUGGCUCACAUGGGCCAACUUUCUCAGUCACACAUACCCCUGAACAUGCUCUGCUGUUGCUGUCGCAGUCACACAAGUUGCUGCUCAGUGCUGGUUCCAUUUUUGGUACAUUUAAAGCGUGCGCAUGCGACAGUGCACUCUUCUCCCAGCAGUCAUUAGAUUGUUAAAGGUUCUCUUUUUCAGCGGUUAUCAUUCAUGAACUGUAAAAUCUAAGAAGGGGGCAGUGUUGGCGUCACAACAAGAGGAUUCCGCCUGUCCACCCAAGAUCUUACCUAUGCACCCAUAGGACAGAUUUAGCACAUGUAUUAAACCUUACAGAGUGUUAGUCCAAUCAGAAAGGGUUCAACUAGAUCAGCUAAUAACAAUAUGCAAACGGUAUGCAAAUGUGUGGUAAAACAGAAAAGUGAACACUUUUCAGUGAAAGUGGCAUUGGGAAGGAAAUGAGACAGAGUGGGUCUGGAUAAAAAACAAAUGGCUGUAGGAAUAUAUACCAGAUGAAUAUUUCUCUCAAAGCAAAACAUUCAGUGGUUAUUAUAGAAGGGCAUAAGAAGUACAGUACCUAGUGCCUUGAAAGGCUCACGGGCUUUCAUGGUCCUGCUGGAUGGGGAAGCAGGUUCCCAUAUGUUGUUCAUCAACACAUUUUAAAGGUUGAAAGCCUUCAAUUUGAGUAGGGUACGUGUACUUAUAUGUACAUGUAGCUAAAGCCAGAAACAUGCUUGGACAUGUAAGACACUGUUUUUGUCACGUUUUAAUGUUGUAUCGUAAAAAAAUCAGGAAAAUGUGUAGUUGUUACACAGUCGGGGGGGGUCUACCUACCAGCAGUGUCCACGUGUAGGAUCGUCUCCCGCACUCUGACCCAACCAAGCAUGACGCUUUAACGUUAAUACGUCAACCUUGGAAAUGAAAAAAUAAUUUUUAAACGAGUAUAUGGAACAAAUAAGGAAAUUGUGUGUGUGCUUACUUGUCAUCCGGUGCCAUGUGGUUAAAAAAGCCAUCGGAAGGACAAUUUCACAUUCCUUAAUUCAUUCCCAAACCUUGUAAAAAGUUCCCAGAUUUAGUCUCACCCCUUCCGAAUUUUAGCACCCUACCAACAAAACAACCCCACCCCUAUGAAUCUGGACCAUCAGCGCUUGGAGCCAGCCACAAUAAUGGGUCUUGAUGCCCCUUGAAAAUUCAGCUGCAAAGAAUGAGCAGCAGCCGCCUCCCUGAACUGGUUGCCCAAACAGAUUGAAUCCAAGGCCCUUUAUCGAUCACCACAGUUGCCUUGCAAGGUUAACAUUCCCCACCACCCGUGUUUUGCCUCAAAAAUACGUGCAAAAAGCAGCCUCGAUGACCAUGCCCCCUGCAGUUGGCCCAAUGUCGCCGUUAAAGGUUAGGAAACUGAUGUUUUUUUUUUCCGGAAACCUGACAGUGAAUUAUUUCUUUGGUAAAAAUGCAUGGUAUAGCUUUAUUGGUAUUCGUAUUUACCUGGACUUUAAAUACUUUUCUAAGUUCGUUACGUAAUGAAAACGUCUUAAAGAGUUUUCUGUAUAAUUAUGUUUAUGUAGACUUACAACAUACAUAUAUUUCUAUGUGACCUAAUCUAAUAAAGUCGCAAGAUGGCAUAAAGCUUGUCUUGCACGACGAGAAACUGUUUCACGUAUGCACAUGCAUAAUGACCGUAGUAAUACAGAAUUUCAAUCCGACUCAUGUAGAGCCAAGGUAUAUGAAAAAAGUGUGACAAAGUAGCUAACAUCAGUUGCAUUGGAUCAAGUUUUUGUGUUGGGGCUUAUAUCGAGAAUAUGAAAAUUCAAAAAUGCAUUUUAUAUCCAUUUGUGUUUACUAAGCAGCUUACAAUCUGCACCAAAGUUAAUAUUUUCCCUUAUACACAUCUAUCUCGGAGAGGUACACAGCUCCCUUUUGAAAACUAAAUGUACCGCGCACCAUCAUUGUAACAUGUAGGCAUACUCUGCUUGUAUUAUAGGUGUUGGCCGUUAUUUUGUAAUUAAAAACCUUUCAAAUCAAGUGAAUCUAUACACUAAAUGCAAACCUGCAUAUAAGUCUCGAUUAUUAACAUGGUGUAGGCCUAUAUACACAGUUUUCAUUAAUCGUUUGAACCAGUAAAAACUAAUUAAAAAGUGUUGUCUUGUAUUUGAGCGGACGUUGGAUAUAUCAUUUAAAAGGUUACAUAUUAGAAACUAAUCUGGUAUACGCAUUUCCGGGUUGGAGAAACGUUCUCUUCGUUUCUCGUUCAGAAAGGUACUCCUGUCUGUGGAUUUUUGACAAACUUAGUUAUUAUUUUGCAUAGCAGAUGUUUGAACAGAGGUUUGUGUGCAUUCUAUAGAAAGCCAAGGGUACACUUUGAAUAAACCAGCGUGCUAAGGACUUGUGCUA